AUGGGUGGCUCAUUAUCUCGUCUUGCUUCCCUUUUUUGGUCGAAAAAGGAGAUUCGAAUCCUCAUUUUAGGUCUUGAUAACGCCGGAAAGACCACUCUUCUGUACAGACUUAAGCAUACUCCAGGUAUUAACAACUUGCGUCUUCAGAUCGGCGAAGUCGUUACCACGAUUCCCACCAUCGGAUUUAACGUCGAAUCCGUCACAUAUAGAAACUUGAAUUUCAAUGUUUGGGACCUUGGAGGCCAAACGUCUAUUCGUCCAUACUGGCGAUGUUACUACGCCAACACAGCAGCUGUCAUUUUCGUCAUCGAUUCCACAGAUAUCGAGCGGCUGGGAACCGCGGCAGAUGAGCUAGCGGCUAUGCUGAAUGAAGAUGAACUUCGCGACGCGGCCCUGCUUGUAUUUGCCAAUAAGCAGGAUCAACCUGGUGCAAAGGGAGCUGGUGAGAUCUCGGAAGCAUUGAAAUUGGGAGAGCUACGUGAUCGAAACUGGAGUAUUGUCGCUUGUUCUGCGAUUGAUGGAAAGGGUAUUGACGAAGGCAUGGAUUGGUUGGUGCAAACCAUCCAAGCCGAAAACGCAUGA